CUGUCUUAGUACGUGUUUUUUGAGAUGAUCACAAUUGGGUGGAAAAAAUUGCGUAUGUUCUGACACGUAAAUAAAGAAACGCUAGCUUCUUUAGAUUGUAAAAGUAUAAUUUGAUUAACUGUUUUCACGAAAAAAUUGGCUGUUUUAUCUCAACUACUAUCACGAAUUGACAUCCGCAACAAUGUCAGGAAAGUUACGAGGAAGUAGUGUCAAAUGGGAGAGUUCGACAGAAGAAGAUGACACGUACGAGACAAAAUAUAAAAUGAAGUUGAGAGAAUCGCUGAGGAACACGCAACAACCUGCUACAACUGAAAAUAUGGUCACAGAACCACGAAAGCGGGGUCGUGGCCCUUCUAAGAGGCCUUGUCUCAACAGAAACGCUUUAAUGGCUCGAGAAAAUAGGCUCAGGAAGAAAGCAUAUUUAGAAAAAAUAGAAAACAAACUAUUGUUUUACCAGCAAGAAAACAAAAAUUUAGUGAACAUUAUAAGGAAACAGGGUGUUGACAUCAAACGAUUAAGUGGUGAAGUUGCUUAUUUGAAGAGUGUAUUGAAUAAUAACACCAGCAUCACUGUUUUGCUGAAAACUAUCAAUGAUGGUCUUCGUAAAAUCAGUACACAGAAAAAGAAUUCAUUCCAUCCACAUUAUGUUUCUGAAUGUUCCAAUGGAUUGGGUACACAACAUAAAUGUACAUGUUAUACAAAUCUGAAGGAGAAUAUAUUAAACACUCAGAAUACAAAUAUAUUUAUUACAAAUGUCAAUAGUGACCCAUUGAUAGAACAUAGUACAACUGAGAAUCAAAGCAGUGGCUCUUAUGCUAAUGCCAGAAGGCAAUUCACUUGUAAGGAUUCAAACAUUGAUAAAAUAUCUUCAUCCUUUUUAGAAUUAGAUCACACUUAUACUGUUUCCAAAACUCCUAUAGUUGAUAUUAAGAAUAAUCUGCAGAAUAAGGAAGCAACAAAUACAAUUACUUCAACUACCAGUUCAAUAUCAGAAAACAAUUAUAUGGAUAACACAAAAGAGUUAGAUAAUUUAUUACCAAUUACUCAAACAGAUAUAUCUAAUGUAGAGGAGAAAAAGGAUGCCGAUACCAUUGGUAUUGAUUUUGAUCAAUUGUCCUCUUUCAACAUGGAUAUAUUUGAAGAUCUUCCUAAAUGUGAUGAGAUGAUGAAUACAGUAGAUGGCUUAAAUGAUACAUCCAACCUUUUUACGGAAGAAGAAAUAUCUCAAACAUUAGAUAACACUGGAAUUUGUCUUCAUGUUAAUUCUGAUAAAGUAUCUUUAGAGUUUUGUUCCAUUUGCCACUUAAAUAGUAAAAACUCGGGAUCAAAUUGAAGGGGGAAACGAUCGUAACUCUUGUAAGUCCACUCAAUAUUGAGUUACAGAAGAGGUCAACCAAAGAUUUUGGAAGUAUUUCUCGAUCAGUGGAGUAUAAAAGAAUUAACGAAAGUAUAUCAAGAAGAUAUACAUCAACAUCUAGGUCUAUCUGCUGCUGAAGCAUCAUAGAAAUAUUUUCCUCAUGGAGCGA